AAUUCUUUGAUUUUCACAGACUUGAUCGUGUUCGAGAGAAAAGUUAUUGACUGCGGUGGACGAUGAUCUAUAAAUUGUGUCGGAAGGAGUGAGUUGAAAGCCGACGGUGUUUCGCUGCUGGAAAACUGUGCAAAAAAAAGAAAGAGAGACGAAAGUUUGGCGAGGGAUUUAUUGCAACAUUUUUUUGGCGAGAAGUGAUGGGGAAAGUGUCGACAUUCGCGUUGCUUUGCCUUGUUGUGGCCGGGAUCGACGGUGUCGUGGGUGCCCAGGCCUGGGGUCGCCUGUCGGGUAAUGGCUACGACGGGGUUCUGGUGUCCGUUUCCGACCGGGUUCCCGAGGACCAGUGUCACCAGGUCAUCUCAAAUCUGAAGGUGAAGCAAGAAAUUGUGCGAACAAAGGAGUUGACCUUGCCCUUUUUACGACCCGACAAGAUUUCCUGCUGUUUAAAGGCGACCUUCUCCUUGCCCGAAGAAGAGAUUUUUUUGGCACAAGUCGAAGCGGUUCUGACUUUGUGGAUUUUGACAAAUGACUUUGCCCAUCAAUCAGGAUGA